GCCAUGGGCUGUUUGGGUCCAGUGGGAAUCAAGGGAUGCUUAUUUUCACUUUUGGAUUCACUUGACAACAUUAACACACUUAUUUAAAGAGGCUGAACUCAUCUGAUUUAGUUUGCUGUAAAAAUGAUUGGGACGCACUGGCCUUUACAAUGUAACUUCACAGUAAGCAACGGCUAAUGAAUUACGUGUUAAAUAAGGAAGGAUGUUGUUUGGGAGGACAUAUGGACAUUGUUGCUGCUGCCGUAAUAAUUUAGACCUAUAUUAACAUGUAAUAUGGGCAGUGUAAUAAAUGGCUUAUGUAGAAGGAGAUUUUUGGAUCCGCGAUACUCUCAAUGACUGGAAAUUGAGUCAUGCUUUUGCUAAGGCCAGCAUGCCGGUAGAGAGAAUGCGUAUGAGACCGUGGUUGGAAGAGCAGAUAAACUCGAGUACAAUUCUUGGGCUCAAAUGGGUCAACAAGGAGAAGAGAAUAUUCCAGAUUCCAUGGAUGCAUGCCGCACGACAUGGCUGGGAUGUGGAGAAAGAUGCCCCUCUCUUCCGAAACUGGGCCAUACAUACAGGGAAAUACCAACCAGGUGACAAACCGGACCCCAAAACAUGGAAGGCAAACUUCCGCUGUGCAAUGAACUCUCUGCCUGACAUUGAGGAGGUGAAAGACAAAAGUAUCAAAAAGGGAACGAAUGCUUUCAGGGUGUAUAAGAUGCUGUCAGCAUCAGAGAGGCACUCAAAGAGAGGUAAAAAGAGGGCGUUUGAAAAAGAAGAAAAGAUAAAGUCAGAGCGACCGUGCCCUGCGCCUUCAGGUUGGGAAAACAGUAAUGACUCUUCAGCCUGUAAAAUCCCAGUGACAGUCAAAAAGGAGGCAGACAACUCUGGUACAGACAUUGGUGGGCAGAGCCCUGCAGACGAUAAGCUGAUCAUCAACGAUCUGCCCGAUGUGUGUCAGACCAUUGAGGUGGUGACGGAAAACGAGGAGCAGGCCGUGACCUCCAGCGACCCUUACCCCUUACAGAUCUCCCCUGUCUCCUCGUAUGGAGCAGAGAGCGAUACAGACAGCGUUCAAAGUGAGGAAGACUCCAAAGAGCACGUUCAGACCUUACUGUUUGGACUUGAAGACAAGAAGCCGCCAAUGAUGAGGAUGCCUCUGCCCAGCAUGUCCUCUUUCAUCUCCUCUGACAAAGCCAACUUCAAGAUAACCACUGUCCGAGACCAAGUGCCUUCAUCUUUACACCCCGCUUUCACAGGUGGGACUCCAUGGAACAUCUUAAACUCAUCUUUCCCCCCUUCCCACAGCCCAGGACCUUCUGAUCAGCCACCCGUCCAUGAGAAACGAGCCAGUGUGAUCAUGAAGACGUCAGAUGUUUCCAAAUCCUCUGUUAAAAGCUGCUGAUGAUAUCUGUAUUGAGACACACUGUCUUGCUGGACUUGACCAAGGCGUGAAGAACACUAUUGUUGCCUUUGAUAAAGGACCUAUAAGAGUUCACAGGACACUUUGGCUUUAAAGACAGCUUUCUGGUUGAGUAAAGCAUCCUACCAAAGGGGAGGUUAAACAUAGUCCCAGAUGGGAAAUGACACAUGAGCUUACAUUCAGGGAGAUUUUGAGCAAAGUGACAUGCAGUGGCCACAAAAUGUGUUUGGACACUUAUGCCACACUUUGAAAUGUACAAGUGUCAUUGCGUCAGAUGACAAAAUGUCAAAGCAAGCUACAUUUAUUUGAAAGAAUAAUGGCACAUGCACACUUGUCAAGCAAAACAUUUCACAAAAAAGUUUUUUAGGUGUGAAAUUAUGAAACAAUAGAUUUAAAAGUGAAGAUAAAUUGCAUUUGGACAUUUUCUGGUUGUCAAAUUGUAGUGAAAGUGAAGAAUUACACCUGUGGUUACUCUGCUUGGAAACAUGUGUGAACAUAAGCGGAACUGACUUCAGAAAAUGGCUUUCUUUGCAAAAAUAGAUUAGAAAAGUUAAGCUUUAUUAAAGGGAUAGUUCACCGACAAAUAAAAAUUUGCUCAUUUACUCAACUUCAUGCCAUUCCAGAUGUGAAACAAAUUGAUAUUUAAGUCUAUUUUUAGUUUAAUUGUUUACUUCCAGUUACUCACCAGUGCGCAUGAUAGGACCAAGUUCAUGCUGCUUCUCGUGUGAUAUAAUCACGUUGGCAUGUUCAAAUGAAAGCAAAACCAGUAAAGCUUGCGAACAGUGUUCUGUUGUAAAUAAACCGAGACCCACUUCUGGUUGUCAGUUCUUGCGAGAACAGGCCAGUGCGCGAAAGGCUGUGUGAACUCGGUCCUCUCAUUAAUGCAUACUGGAGAGUGACCAGACCAUUAUGUUUGAAAUGUUUUUUUGUGACAAUCAACAUUAUGCCAUAAAUGCUGUUAAUUAAAGUCUGUCAUGUCUGUGCCUCUAGCGCCACUGAACAGAAUUUAAAAUUCAAACUGCCUUCCAAAUACACACCCGUCUUCUGUUGCUCAAACACACAGAUGGUCCCGCCCCCAAUUCACGCCAUUGGUUGAGUCAAUGUUUUUGUGUCAUACUGGACGAGUCACUCAAAACAAACACAAAUUUUGAUAGCGCUACAGAGAGACAGUUUUUACAGAUUUCAUGAAAAUUAUGAAUUUAUUUCAACAUCAAAAAAGUUAGACUUCAACUACUUGUAUUUAACCUGAGACUUUCCUGCUGCAGCAUCAUUUGUUUGCAGAUGGCACUGGUUUCAUAUGUGCAAUAAAAGUCAUACAUAAGUGUGGCUUCAGUUUCCAAAUACUUUAUGGGACCACUGUAUAUCCAUAACUUGCCAUAGUGAUGGGUGUCUAGAUUGCAAGCCAUAGUGAAUGUGUAUAUAGAGGAAUCUGCCUUUAGCCACCCGAGCACCUUAGAUAAGCACUGGCUGUGAAAAUCAGUGACUAUUGUAGCUCGCAUUCGUGGAGAAUAGUUUUAUGAACCUAUACGUAGCUCCAACAAAACCAGAAAGAAAUGCACUUAAUGGCAUAAUCUUAAUUUAUCUUCAGACCAUUAACGUGAGCCAAUUUUUAUACCUUAGGACUCUUUUUACAGUAUAUGAAAUAUCCACUAUUUUACAUUAUGGGCCAUAUGAUGUAAGAAAUCAGGUGUGAAUUUGUGUUCGUUUGUGGUUUUUACAUAAAUAAAAUUCAUUUGUUUUAUGAUUUUUAUAAAAUAAAAAAACAUAGGUAGAAAAUGGUAUGCCUCUUUCUACUGUAUAUGUGAACAUAAUGAUGUAUAUGUAUAUGCUUGUCUGUGUCUAUGGCUGUAUAUUCAAGUCCCAGUUAUAUGUGUUUGUGCCUAUAUGAUCUUUAUACACAUACAAGGGCUUCUUUUAAUCCUGUGGAUCACUGAACAUGAACAGAUUUCCUCAAGAUUGUGGUAUAUAAAAAUCAUGUGAUCAUAAGAAUAAACUACAAACUCUGCUUAAGUCACAUUUUGAUCAUUAAUGUAUUAUCUGUCCUCUCAAAAGUGGAGAAUAUAUUUUAUAUGUUGGUUUUAGAUAGAAAAAGACAGAAGGAGUGAUAGACGGACAGACUGAAAGAUGAUAGAUAUAUGAUAUAUAGAUAAAAAGAAAGAAAGAGUGAUUGGGGGGCAUUUAUACCAUGCUCAAUGUAAACGUAAAUUCUUCACACUGUAACCCUUUUUAUUUUUUUUUAUUUAUAACAAUAUAAAUAUAACAAAAGGUCUGAAUGACUGUAAUAAAGUCUUUUGUUAAUUUAUUUGGCAGCUCUGUUGACCUGCCAUAUUUGUUGUUUUUCUGUCAUAAAACUGAGGCUAUUGCACAACCUAGUGACAGAAUAAAGAUACUU